AUGGCUGCACCUGCCGAAGAGAAGCCUGUUGCCACUGAGGAACAACAACAACGACAACAGGAACAACAACAAACCCCUGUGGACACUCCCCAAUCGCGUGGUGAAAAGAAGGCUCGCAAGGCCAUCCUGAGUCUUGGUGUGAAACCCGUGCCAGACAUUACUCGCGUCACCUUUACGCGUGCUCGUGGUAUUGUCUUUGCCAUUGAGACCCCUGAAGUGUACAAGAGCAGUAACUCGGAUACGUAUAUUGUGUUUGGUGAAGUCCGUGUGGAUGAUAUGCGUCAACGUGCUCAAGCUGCUGCUGCCCAACAAUUGGCUGCCGAAGCUGCUGCCAAGGCAGAAGAUACUGAAGCCAAUGCCCCUUCAUCUGUUGCUGCUGCUGCUACUGCCGAGGAGGAGGAAGAGGAUAACGAACCCGUGGAUGCUACUGGUAUCGAGGAAAAGGAUAUUGAUUUAGUUGUCACCCAAGCCAAUGUCUCCCGUAACAAGGCUGUCAAGGCUCUCAAGAACAACAAUAACGAUAUCGUGAAUGCUAUUAUGGAAUUGACCAUGUAA